CACAAAAUCGCGCGCCAGUCGACUUGAUCCCAAUUUUGUCUCGAAUCGGUUAAAUGUGGCCCCAAAGACGUUCAAAAUUGCUCUAAGUGUCUCAAUUUGCAAAUUUCUAGUUUGAAAUCACCUAUAAACCGUUUCAAUAAUUUUCUGCGAUUUGUAUCUCAUUUUUUGAUCAAAAAAAGACGAAAAAAAACUUCUAGAUGGCUAAAAACAAUCUCAACGGAGACAGUGAUGUUUCCUCGAACUGCGAGGACGACGAAAUGGUUUUAUACAAGAAACUGAGCCUCAACGUGAUCACUUUUCGGACCGUGCGAAGCAAGGACGAUUUGGAGGGCCCCCCUAAGAAGGGCAAGUCGUUUAAGCCCGAAAUGGCCCACCAGAUAUUUGGGGAAACUGAGAUGAUUUUCGGGUACAAAAAACUGGCCAUAAACCUGUUUUAUUUGCACAAUUCGGCUAAAUGCUACAUCGACGUGCAAGCCAGUGGUAAAAUUCCUGAAAACGACGCGUGCAAAGCCGACGAUAUCCUGAAAACGUUAAAUCCCUGGCUACCUGAAAACUACCGGACUGACAAAAACGAUUUUUUGGGGGAUUUGGCCGUCGAGGACCACAGUAUUAUGUUUGGGGACGUCAUUCACACAUUCCCCGGCGAGUCUGACCAAACGUACAAAGUAACACUUUGCGACCCUAAAAACCCAGAUUUCCGCAAGUUCCACCAACGUUUUGAGACCCUAAUAGUGUGGUUCAUCGAUGGGGCUAACUUUAUCGAUUUAGAAGACCCCCGCUGGACCAUUUUCUACGUCUACGAGGAGGCCCCAAAUGCCCACUACACCCCUAUCGGGUUUUGCACCGUUUACAAGUUUUUCCUGUACCCCAAUGGAACGCGCCCCCGUAUCUCCCAAUUUUUCGUGUUACCCACGUACCAAAAGCGCGGAAUUGGCACAAAAUUGUACUCCGCUGUCUACAAUUAUUUGAAAGAAUUGCCGGACUCGGGCGAUAUUACAGUGGAAGAACCUACCGAAAUAUUCCAGAAAAUUCGCGAUUUUUGCGACAGUUUCUCCAUUUAUAAGAAUUUAGAACAAAGUGGGGUUAAUAUAAGUACGCAAAAUCACAAGCAAAUUAAUGAGUUUUUGAAAAAACAUAAGAUUUGUAAAAGACAAGCGCAGAGGGUUUUCGAUAUUUUGGAGUGUUUAACGGCGCAUAAAAACGGUUAUAAGGAGUAUGUGAAGUUUACGGAGGGGAUUAGGAGCAGGAUUGCCAACGAGAUUGAGAAAGAGACUAAGGGGAGUAAGAGGUUGUGUAAUUUGGAACGGGUUGGGGUAAUUACCGAACCUAUCGACAAAAAAGCCAUCCUUGAUGCUGAAUAUAACAAAUAUGUGGAUAGUUUGGAGUGGCCUGUGAAUCGGUUGAGAGCACAGUUGGCAAAACAGUGAUCUGUUUAUUUAUUUCCACUUUUCAUCAUUGCAUGUUUCAUUUUUCUUUAAUAAAGGUUUUUUCUACUUGG